AUGAAGCGGACAUCAAUGCGCAUGGCGGCGGCCGCCUUGUCAGGAGGCCAUCAAGACAUUGUUAAGCUACUCUUGGACAAGGGAGCAGACGUCAACGCGCAGGGCGGCGUAUACGGCAACGCUCUGUAUGCUGCCUCGUUAGGAGGCGAUCAAGAGAUUGUCAGACUACUCUUAGACAAAGGAGCGGACAUCAACGCACAGGGCGGCGAAUAUGGUAACGCUCUCCAGACCGCCUCAAGGAGAGGCCAUCGAGACAUUGUCAAGCUACUCUUGGAAAAGGGAGCAGACGUCAACGCGCAGGGCGGCGUAUACGGCAACGCUCUGAAUGCCGCCUCGUUAGAAGGCCAUCAAGAGGUCAUAAAACUACUCUUGGACAACGGAGCAGACGUUAACGCGAAGGGCAUCGCAUACGGUAACGCUCUCCAGGCCGCCUCGUUUGGAGGCCAUCACGAGAUUGUCAAACUGCCCCAGAAAAGGGGCGCUAGUACAUCGCCUUCAAAGUAG